AUGUCGAGCCAACCACGGAAGAAAUGGUACCAUGUCCAGUGGUAUGCAGAUACUGACACAAGUGAGGAGAAAAAGCUCAUAUUGAAACUUGAUCUCCUCUUCGUGCCCUUCGCGGUCCUGGCGUACUGGGUCAAGUACAUCGACCAGGCAAAUCUGAACAAUGCAUACGUCUCUGGACUGAAGGAAGACUUGGGUUUCUUUGGUAAUGAACUUGUUCAACUUCAGACCUUCUACAUUGUGGGCGCAGUGCUUGGACAAAUACCUUUCAUGUUCCUAUUCACAUAUGUGCCCAUGUACUGGUUGGUUCCUUUCAUGGAUGUUGCUUGGGGCGUGUUUACUCUGCUUCAAUACCGAACGGCUUCGUUUGCCGAGGCUGCGGCAUAUCGUUUCUUUGUCGGCUGGUUCGAGGCGGCCUUUUUUCCUGCGAUUCAUUAUGUCUUUGGUUCCUGGUACCGGGGUGAUGAGAUAGCACGACGAGGAGGAAUGUUCUACGUGGGCCUUUCAUUGGGUACAUUGACAGCGGGCCUGAUUCAAGCCGGGGCUUCUGCUCGCCUAGAUGGCGUCCAUGGACUGGCCGGUUGGAGAUGGAUGUACAUCAUCUGCGCAAUCAUUACAAUUCCGUUCGGUGUGUUGGGGUAUUUUGUCAUUCCAGGAACGCCCGAGCAACCCAACAGAAGGGUUUUGCAGCAAGCGGAUAUUGACCUCAGUAGGGAACGGCUCGCGAAGGCUGGCCAUGUAUCCCACGGAAAGGUCAGAUUUGAGACAUUGAAAAAGGUUCUUCUGGGCCCUCAUUUCUGGACCAUAAUCGCCACUGACGUUUUAUUCUGGAAUGCUGGCAUUCACACGUCUGCUGGGACAUUUCUUCUCUGGAUCAAAAGUCUGGGAAGAUACAGCAAUUCGCACGUCAAUGAGUUGGGGACGAUCGCGCCUGCUCUCGGAAUAUUCUACACCCUAUUCGUGUGUUUCUCGUCGGAUCUGCUGAUCGGUCCUGCAUGGGCAAUCACCCUUGCAUCCUCAUGGAAUGCACUCGGCCUAGUCAUUCUGGUAGUCUGGAAUGUCCCCGAACCAGCGAAGUGGUUCGCCUUUUCGACGAUGUAUGCCUCCGUUGCCUUGUCGAGUGUCUUUCAUGGUUGGGUAAAUACCCAGCUACGAACAUCACCUGCAGAACGAGCAUUUACGUUGGUUCUUAUCAACACCAUCUCACAGUCAACAACAGCGUGGACCCCACUUCUAGUAUUUCCUACCGUGGAGGCACCCAAAUACACAAAGGGAUUUGCUUUUUGUUUGGCGUGUGCCGUAUGUUUAAUAGUCUCCACACACAUACUCCGCGCCUAUGUUCGACGCAAAGAGUCCAAGCAAGAAAGUUUUUCUGAUAUAACAUCUCAAGAUGACCGUGAGAUCUCACAGCCCGCCCAUCCGGAUAGCAAAUAUGUUGCGCAAGCUGAAGAUACCGAUGUUGGCAAAUCUCUUUAG